UAUAUAUAUAUAUAUAUAGGAUACUCAGCUAUACAGCCAGGGACACACACAUCUUGUAACAUACAGUAAGCAUACACACCCCAACACAUAGCACGGAACUGCUUGCAACACACCCUUCAAAGGCCAGCACAAACCCUGUGCCUGCUGCACACAUCAGAUCCCCAGUGUCUGCUGCCCUGAUCGGCACCUCUAGGACCAUGCCUGAGUUCAUCAGCGUCAGCGAGUUUAUACUGGAGACUCUUGAGGACCACAGCUCACCUACUACAUCAUCCUUUACUACCAGGAUGGGAAGCUGCAGGAACACAGUCAGCAACGUAGAAGAGGCACUGGAUGCGGAUCGAGCUGUUCUUAUCAAAAUGAAGAAAGCUGCAAAGUCCAAACACAGUGCCGGGGAAGAACACAUAACGCACCUAGAAGUUUAUAUUGCAGCGCUGGAAAAGUUAUCCUUAAACUGCAGGGACAAUGGAGAAGAAGCUUUGAGCAACGCCUUUAACGCAUUUGCAGAAUUGUACAAGGAAUUGUUGACCCCCAUGAAAAAUGUGCUGCAGAGCUUUAAUCACAACAUUAAUUACUUUCUGAACACGCUGGUUAAAGGGGAUUUGAAGGAGGUGAAAGGGGACUUGAAGAAACCUUUUGAGAAAGCUUGGAAAGACUAUGAAAAUAAAUUUACUAAAAUUGAGAAGGAGAAGAGGGAGCUGGCCAAGCAGUAUGGCAUGGUGCGGAAUGAGGUGGCCGGAGGAGAGAUUGCUGAAGAGCUGGAGAAAGAGCGAAGGAUGUUCCAGUUACAGAUGUGUGAAUAUCUAAUCAAAGUGAAUGAGAUCAAAAGCAAGAAAGGAGCAGACUUUUUACAGAACCUCAUCAAACACUAUACCUCCCAGUGCAACUUUCUGCAGGAAUGUCUCCAAGCCACCGACAAACUGAAAUCCUACAUUGAAGACCUGACAACAGAACUGCAGAACAUCAAGAGCAGACAGGACGAAGAGAAGAAGCAGUUAUGUUCUCUGAGAGACCUGCUGAAGCCCACGUUACAGGUUGAAUCCAAAGAGGAUUCCAUAAGCAGCAGACAAGCCGUAUACAGCAUGCAUCAGUUACAAGGAAACAUACAAUACGGGACAGAAAAACACGGCUACUUGUACAAGAAAAGUGAUGGGCUCAGAAAGGUUUGGCAGAAAAGGAAAUGCUCCGUCAAGAAUUGCUACCUGACCAUCGCACAUGGAACGCCAAAUCGACAACCGGCCAAGUUAAACCUACUGACAUGUCAAGUGAAGCCGAAUUUGGAGGAUAAAAAAUGCUUUGACCUCAUAUCACAUAACCGAACAUACCAUUUUUUAGCAGAAGAUGAACAGGACUGUAUCGCAUGGAUUUCUGUGCUGACUAACAGUAAACAGGAAGCCUUGAACAUGGCAUUUCAUGAAGCUCGUUCCAGCGAAGAGAACAGCAUUGAAGAGCUCACCAAGGCUAUCAUUGACGACAUUCGACGGAUGCCUGGGAACUCUGUGUGCUGUGACUGCGGUGCUCCAGAUCCUAUGUGGUUAUCCAUAAACCUUGGUAUCCUGACGUGCAUUGAGUGUUCUGGAGUUCAUCGAGAGCUUGGUGUACAUCAUUCACGUAUUCAGUCUCUCUCACUGGAUAAACUUGGAACCUCUGAGCUCUUACUAGCGAAAAACGUUGGUAAUUCUGGGUUCAACGAUAUAGCAGAAGCGAAUUUCCCAUCUCAAACCAUCAAGCCUACUACAGAGAGUCCCAUGGCAAUGAGAAAAGACUUUAUAAAUUCCAAGUACGUGCACUGGAUGUACACAAAGAGAGGCAGCACUAACCCGCACAUGCAGCUGCGUGAACUCCAGGAUGCAGUCAGAUUUAAGGACAUAUUUGCCCUGAUUCAGGCUUAUGCGGAGAGAGUGGAUUUAACAGAACCAAUACCCCAGCCAGCACAGGAGGCUGGAGAGACCGUUCUACACCUGGCUGUUUUGUUAUCUGAACGGACCUCGCUCCAUAUUGUGGACUUUUUGGUGCACAACAGUGGGAACCUGGUGAAACAGACGGUAAGAGGUAACACACCUCUCCAUUACUGCUGCCUGUACAACAAGCCAGAAAGUAUGAAGCUCUUCCUGAGAGCCAAGGUCAACCUGAAGAUAAAAAACGAAGCUGGGGAAACUGCCUUGGACAUUGCAAAGAGACUUAAACAUUCCCUCUGUGAAGAACUGCUGAUCCAGGCUCAGAACAAUCAGUUUAACAUGCGUGUUCAUGUAGAAUAUGAGUGGCGAUUGCGCCAGGAGGAUAUGUAUGAAAGUGACGAUGAUCUUGAUGAAAAGCUCGGCCCUGUGAAGAAGGAGAGAUCUCUGCGGCCGUAUAGCUGCUUCCAGUCUCCCAGUCCUCAAUUUGCAGACAGGGGCUCCCCCAUAUCAUUUCUAAGGCGUGCGUCCCAGGUGUCUCAGGACCCGAGGUAUGAUGCAGCUAUGGCACAGGCCUGUGCUGAAAAUGUGUUGACGCCAGCCUCUGCGUUUACACCUCCUUUGCCUCCUCGAAACCCCAUCAGAGUGCCAAACGUACCACCUCCACCCCCACCUGCCAGCCCCUCAGCUCCCCCUAAAAAGCUGCCUCCCACUCCUCCAUUGACUACAAAGCACAAGAGGGCGCUGUCAGAGCCUGCACCAAUCAUACCUCACAGCCCUUCUAGUCAGACCAGUAUGCACUUUGAUUAUGGUUCAUGCUGCACCUCACCAUCCAAAUUUCUCCAGUCAGAAGCUGUAUCUAGAAGACCAAGCAUUGGGUCUCCAAAACUCAGCAGUCUCCAUGAAGUCCCAGAGACGCCACACAAUGUGGAUUAUAGAGUGGAUGGGAGUUUUACACCAACAAAUCAAAGAUCUGUGCCAAGCAACACUAGUUCUCCUGGAUCAUCAAUUCAAGAUAUAUACACUGUCCAAGUACCCAGCCAAGAACCUCCUUUACCAAUGCCUCGUAGAAUGAGUCUGAGCAAACCAAAGCUCAGACGAGUAAAGGCUUUAUUUGAUUGCAUUGCCGAUCGAGAAGAUGAGUUGACAUUUAGUACAGGAGAGGUGAUUGUGGUCACAGAGGAGGAGGACCAAAACUGGUGGAAUGGUUACAUUGAAGGACAGCUACAUAGAAGAGGUGUUUUUCCAGCAUCUUUUGUGCACUUAAUGACAGAUUGAUGACUACUGCUCAAAAAUAUGAACUGGAAUAAUAUGCACAAAACAAGAAGGAUCAGAAUUGCAUAUUUUUAUAUCAUUUUAAAGGAUGUAUAUCAUAUUAAACCAAGAAACAAUCUUCUUCUUAGAGUGGGUUUACAACAGAACAUGGAAUACCAACAUCACUCGCACCAAGUGACAAGAAAGGCUUUAGAUGUACUAACAGAUCUGGUUCCAGGAAUUAAGCAGAGCUCAUGUUAUGUAUAUGCACAUAUUUCAUAUCCAGGACGUGACCUUACAGAACGUGGCUUCUGAUUCCAUUGAGUUGCUGGUUUGCUCAGAUCUAGAAGACCGGGGUGUUUAUCCAAAAAAUGAUUUUUUUUUUCCCCAGCUCUGUUUUUUUUCCUGGGUACCUGCCAGCCAGGUACCCGUAACCUUUAUUAUCAGGUCCGAGUUCGAUCAUCACAGUUGGCAUGAAUAUUACAAACAAGACUGAAACAUUUCCAUGUGUUCUGUUUGCCAGCCUUUUCUUUUUCUUCUAAUAGCCCCUAGUAACGUCAGUAGUUGGUACCAAGCACAGUGUUGUAACAGAAAUAGUACCCAAAAAAUAAACAGGAUUUACUUGCUAUAUAUAA